AUGGAGUACGAUCCCUACAGGGUGGAUCCCACCUCGCCAACAUCAGCACGCCGGCAUAGAGACUCACGACAGUCUGGAACACAUCGCAGAACAUCACAGACUGGCGCACGCCGAGAAUCAACAACACGACGCCACUCCAGCACUCGCCGCACUUCCGGUGCAGCCAUCGAUGACUCGCGCGACGGCUAUGAACCACGUCCGCAUCGUCGCAGCAGCAACGGUGGUGGUCAUCGAACACGGCAUUACAGUGAAGAGCGACGAGAAUCGCAUGGGGAAGGGCGAAGGAGGAGUUCUGCCGCAUACAACACUGCUUCUCGCCCGACGCCAGAGAAGUCACGCGGUAUCGAGCGACGUGUCAUAUUAGAUCCUGCGCCGACAACACCAGGCAGCCUUGCAUCGCCUGGCGGUAUGCUCGGCGAUCGGGACCCGAUGCUCGAGGCGGGUACCCCAACCCACAAGCACCAUACCGAUAUCUCGCGGAAGAAGAGUCUGGUGCGGCCAGAGAGGCGACAUGAUGGACCUGAUGCACCGGACUUCUACUACCGAAAGCAUACCCAGGCGCAGAACCUCAAUGUCAUGCCAUCUAGCACCGGCCGUGAUCCGCAGCUCGAGGAGGACAUGUCCACGUUGAGCUCCGGCUCGACCGCGGUCAAGGAUGCUUCGCCACCACAGGUUGAGAAGACAUUAUCGAGAGGCAAUACAGCUGCCACAAGGACCAAGAGCAAGAGGCAGCCGAACAAGCUGACGAGGCGGACUACAGAGAAAGAGCGUGAAGAGAAUGCUAAGGAGAGGAAGCGGCAAAAGAUACAGGAGGCCUCGGGUACUCCAACGCUAUGGGGCACCUACUGUCAUCUGGUCACUUUCUGGUGUCCGGGUGCGUUACUGCGCUGCUUCGGGAAGAAAGAGCGAUCACAGCAGCGAGCAUGGCGAGAGAAGAUGGGCCUGAUCAGCAUCAUCCUCAUGAUCAUGUUGUUUGUUGGCUACCUGACCUUCGGCUUCACCGAAACAGUCUGCCCGGCUGGAGGACCUCUUCGACUACGGAACAACAAAGUCGGUGCCGGGUACAUGAUUUUCAAUGGCCGAGCAUAUGACCUGACUCGAUCUCAUCACCCUCUGGCUCGAGGCAUUGCUGCUGGCGGCAAUGUUCUUUGGGACAUGGAUGAGCAGCACGGUGGGCAGGAUGGCAGCUUCCUGUUCCAGAAUGUCAACGGUGCUUGUAAAGGGCUUAUCACGCCUGCGCAAGGGUCAGAUGUGCCGACCGACAACGAUGGGAACAUGGCGUGGUAUUUCCCGUGCAACACCUUCAACCAGGAUGGUUCGACCAAGCCGAAUGAUACGAUUCCUUAUUACUUCGGCUACGGAUGCCAUACCUCGAAGAAUGCGAGACAGAACUUCUACGAUCUGAAGAGUUCUGGUGAGGUGUUCUUUACUUGGGACGAUGUGAAGAAUAGCUCCCGCAAUCUGAUGGUUUAUAAUGGUGAUGUGCUGGAUCUGGAUCUGCUGGAAUGGUUCAACAAGACUCAAGUGCAAUGGCCGAGUCAGUUUGACGACAUCAGGACCAAUCCUGCUGUCAAGGGCAUCGAUACUACUCUGGCUUUCUCCACUGGAAACAACAAGCAGGUGGCGGAGUGCUUCCAAGAGAUUGUCAAGGUCGGCUCCAUCGAUACCAUGACCAUCGGCUGCAUCGCAUCCAAGGUCGUGCUCUACGUGUCCCUGAUCUUCAUUCUUGGCGUGGUUGCUAUCAAGUUCAUCCUGGCGCUGGUCUUUCAAUGGUUCUUGUCCCGCAAGUUUGCAGCCAACAAGACUAGCAUGACUAGCGACAAGAGGAAGCGGCAGCAGCAGAUCGAGGACUGGACAGACGAUAUCUAUCGUGCUCCACCCAAGAUGACGGAUCCGGGAUCUAAUGCUGGUGUUAGCGAUCGUGGCUUCAACAAUAAGCGUACGAGCUUUCUGCCGACGACGUCCAGAUUUACGAGCCCCUAUGCUAUUGAGCGAAGCGAGGGCAAAAAUCGACCAAAGCCUACGACUAUGGCGAGUCAGCAAAGCACUGCUAGGUUGCUGCCUGCCGCUGCGCCACCAGCCAUGUACUCCGGCAGCAAUCGAUCGGAGAUGACACUGCAAGGCGGGUACAGCGAUAGCGGACCAGGAAAGGGUAGUGUGUCCGACAGGCAAAACAGCAUGCUCGACUCGCAGCCUGUAAGCUCAACCCAGCGCUACAACAGCGUCAUGCAACCCGAGACCGACAUAAGCGGGCCAUCUGGCUUCAUCCAUGAAGCAGUUGUCCCACAGCCUCCACCAGAAUGGCAACCAUUCGGCUACCCACUAGCCCACGCCAUCUGUCUCGUGACAGCCUAUUCCGAAGGCCCCGACGGUAUCCGCACCACCCUCGACUCCAUCGCCAUGACCGACUACCCCAACAGCCACAAACUCAUCCUCCUAAUCUGCGACGGCUUGAUAAAAGGCAAAGGCGAAUCCAUGAGCACCCCCGAAGCCUGUCUCGGCAUGAUGAAAGACCACGCCGUCGCCCCCUCCGACGUCCAACCCUUCUCCUACGUCGCCGUGGCGAGCGGCAGCAAACGCCACAACAUGGCCAAGAUCUACUCCGGCUUCUACGACUACGGCCACGAUAGCAUCAUCCCUCUGGAAAAACAACAGCGGGUCCCCAUGAUGGUGGUGGUGAAAUGCGGCACCCCCGCCGAGGCCACCGCCGCCAAACCCGGCAACAGAGGCAAACGCGACUCCCAAAUUAUCCUCAUGUCCUUCCUCCAGAAAGUCAUGUUCGACGAGCGCAUGACGGAGCUGGAGUAUGAGAUGUUCAACGGGAUUUGGAACAUCACGGGGAUCUCGCCGGAUUUCUACGAAAUCUGUCUCAUGGUCGACGCCGAUACGAAAGUCUUCCCGGACUCGAUGACGCAUAUGGUCAGCGCCAUGGUCAAGGAUCCGGAGAUCAUGGGGUUGUGCGGCGAGACGAAGAUCGCUAACAAGACUGCCAGCUGGGUGUCCAUGAUCCAGGUGUUCGAGUACUUCAUCUCCCACCACCAAGAGAAAUCUUUCGAGUCUGUAUUUGGUGGUGUCACGUGUCUGCCCGGUUGCUUUUGCAUGUACCGCAUCAAGACGCCCAAGGGAGGCCAGAACUACUGGGUCCCCAUCCUCGCGAACCCGGAUAUCGUGGAGCAUUACUCGGAGAACGUGGUGGAUACGUUGCAUAAGAAGAACUUGCUGCUGUUGGGCGAGGAUCGGUAUCUGACCACGCUCAUGCUGAAGACGUUCCCGAAGCGCAAGCAGGUUUUUGUUCCCCAGGCGGUUUGCAAGACCACGGUUCCGGAUGAGUUUAGGGUGUUGUUGAGUCAGAGGCGGCGGUGGAUCAAUUCUACUGUGCACAAUCUUAUGGAGCUGGUUCUGGUUAGGGAUCUUUGUGGAACUUUCUGCUUCUCGAUGCAGUUUGUUAUUUUCAUUCAGUUGGUUGGGACGUUGGUUUUGCCGGCUGCUAUCGCUUUUACGAUCUACUUGAUCAUCCGAGCAAUCUACGCAGCCAUCACCCACACCGUCGUCCCCGUCAUCCCCUUGGUCCUCCUCGCACUCAUCCUCGGUCUCCCCGCCGUCCUCAUCGUCGUCACCGCUCACCGGGUAUCUUACGUCCUCUGGAUGUUCAUCUACCUCCUCUCCUUACCAAUCUGGAACUUCGUCUUACCGACCUAUGCCUAUUGGCACUUUGACGAUUUCAGCUGGGGCGACACGCGACAGACGGCUGGCACCGUGGCGAGCGAGGUUAAGAAGGAUAAGAGUGGGCAUGGGGGCGAGGGAGAGUUUGAUAGUAGUCAGAUUACUAUGAAGAGAUGGGGCGAUUUUGAGCAGGAGAGGAGGUUGAGAGGCGGGAAUGUUGGGGGUGGUGGUGGGAGUGGGGGCGUGGGGACGUAUAGGUCUUCCAGUCCGUCCCAGAUGGCUAGUACGUAUGGGGGUGGGCAUGAGAGGAAGCCGAGUAAUCUUGGGUAUUCGGUGAUGGAGUAUCAGGAUUAUCCUUGA